CACCAUUGGAAAGCCAAAAUAGCUGCAGCAUUAAGCUUUAUAUGACUUAGAAGCAUCAGUUAUGUUGAGUUCUUUACUCACCUUGACACUUAAUACAUUUUUUUUACUUUACUUUUGCAAACGGCAAUAUUUUCACAAACUGCAAUCUGAAUUUACAUACUGUAAAAAUUGGAUUGUGCAGUUUUUGGACCAACUGUCCCGACUGAGCCCUAAGAACCGUGCAGGACUGCCGUUUCAGUCUACCAUUGUAGCCCUAAUAUUUAUAUAACCAUGCAUUUUUAAGUAUAGAUGUUAAUCCUCAAAUGAUUACACAGUAUUUCAUUUUCUAUUCUAGACAUCGUAAGAAAAGAAGCUCAAAGGAAGAUCAUAUGACUAUAAAUCACCGAAAUCCAGAUUACUUUAUUGAUCAUAAGAUGUCAAUAUUCCAUGUUAAGGAAGAGGUUAUUAAUGAAGAUAAUGAGAAUGAAUUUGCUAUGGAAGAUAUUAUGGCUCAUAUCAAAGAUCCAUUUAACAAAGAUCACAUUGAAGAGGAUAGUAUAGAAGACCAUUCACAAGAUCCCUCUAACAAAGAUCACAUUGAAGAGGAUUGUAUAGAAGACCAUUCACAAGAUCCCUCUAACAAAGAUCACAUUGAAGAAGACAAUAUUAUAAGAGACGAUGAUACCCAAGAUCCCUCAAACAAAGAUAACAUUGAAGAAGACAAUAUUAUAAGCGAAGAUGAUACCCAAGAUCCCUCUAACAAAGAUCACAUUGAAGAAGACAAUGUUAUGAAAGACAAUGAUACCCAAGAUACAUCUAACAAAGAUUGCAAUGAGCAGGGUCAAUUUUAUGAAGAUUUUGCAAUGAUGGCUAUCUCAACAACAGAGAGUGAAUUAUUUGAACUAUUGAAAUCCUGUGAAGAAAGCUGUUGUAUUCAAAGUACAAGAAAACGCUACCACUGCCCUUUAUGUCCGAUUAAUGAAUUCAAACCAAACAUAAGACGUAGUGCUGUCAUAAAACAUUUGAAAAUUCACUGGAAAAAACGUAUAACUGUAGAGGGUGAGUUUGACUUUGAAAGCUAUAUACAAAAUUCAACUUCUUAAACCUAAAAUGGAUUGGAGUUGACCUAAGUAAAAACUUGCAAUUUUGGUAGAUGAUCAAUUUUAGAAGUUUCUUUUGGUACUUAGUUUUAUUCAUUUUUUAUCAUUUAUUUUCUCAUAUUCAUUUUUAAAAGUGUAUUAUUUCACUGAUUAUUUAAUAUUAUGUCACAAG